AUGAAUAUGUUCGUCAUGGCUCUAUCAGAUAGUUCCACAAGAAAAUAGAGGAAAAAGUAUAUGUAUGUAUCUGUAUGACAUCCGCGUGACUCCACUCCAGUGAUCAAGUUACGUACAGUUUCUUCUUUUUUUAAAUAGAGAAAUUGUAUAGAUGGUUUUUGUGUUAUGUACAUGCGACUGGUCGAAUCGCUUUUAUUGAAGUAAUUAUGAAUAAGCACGAAUGAGCAAUUCGUUUACAGAGCUGGGCCUUUGACAUUUGCUUACAAAUUUUACUCAAUAGAUUAAUCAACGUCGCAGUCGACCUAAUGUCGUCGUAAAGAUUUUACGUUUUUAUCAGUGAACAAUAUUCACGACGUUUUACGAUAUCCUUAUAACCUCAAAUUUUUGGAAGAAAGAUUUAGGAAGGUGCAAAUGAAAUGCGAUGUGUAAACGAUAUGUAUCUUAUUGCAUACCCAUAAUAUCUACGAUAUUACAUCUGUGAAUGGAUGGUUUGCAUGUACGUGCACUUUACGAACCGAUUGAACGUUCCCUGCGUGCCGUACAUAACGCAGUUUCCUGGAUGAAAAAAAUAGAGGAAUACUAGCUAGCGUUAUUUUGUUCAUUGCGAUGGAUACAUUAGUAUCUUGGGAUUAAAUACAAUAUAUAAUGAAGUCCUUAAUCAAAUUCUUCAUAGAGUAUUAAAAUUAACAAGAUAGUGGAUACACACUUCUGAUACUUUAAAAGAUGAAACAGUGUUGCUUAAGCCACCAACUUCAGUUGUGGCUUACAUUUCUUGUCUUUUGUGUGAUGUGCAGCAGAGCAGAUAUUUUAGUAUUUUCUGCAGCUGCAAGGCAUCAAAUUGAAGAAGAAUUUAGAGACAUACCUGCAAGAUUUGGAGGUUUAAUACCAUCUGAAGGGAUUAAGGGGAUGGUUGUGUAUGCAGAACCACCUACAGCGUGUCAUGAAAUACAGGGCCCUCCCAAUACUACUAAUUAUAAUGGUAAUUGGGUAAUUUUAAUUGCUCGCUAUAACUGUAGUUUUGAAAGAAAAAUACGAAUGGCACAGAAAGCAGGAUAUGACGCUGUAAUUAUACAUAAUGUGAACAGCAACAAAUUAGAACCAAUGCAAGCUAGAGAUCCUGUAGGAAUAUUAAUACCAUCUGUAUUUGUUAGCGAGAUCACAGGAUUGAUUAUUAAGGAAAAUUAUUUAUACGAUGAAUUGUAUUUUGUACUAAUUAAUGAUGAUACUCCAUUUAAUAUAACACACUUGCUCUUACCUUUUGCUAUUGUUGUUGGGAUAUGUUUUCUAGUCAUGGUUAUCUUUAUGAUUGUUAGAUGUAUUAAAGAUAGAAGAAGGCAACGAAGGCAUAGGUUACCUAAUUCAAGUUUGAAAAAGAUUCCUACGCAUAAAUAUACGAAAGGCGAUCCAUAUGAAACAUGUGCCAUCUGUUUAGAUGAUUACGCAGAAGGUGAAAAAUUAAGAGUUUUGCCUUGUGCACAUGCUUAUCAUACAAAAUGUAUUGACCCGUGGCUGACAAAAAAUCGUAGGGUUUGUCCUGUUUGUAAACGAAAAGUUUUUGCGGCGGAUGAGCAAGUUGUUACUGACGAAAGUGAUUCGGAUGCCGAUGACACGACACCUUUGAUUCGUGAAGGUCAUCAAGGAACUCAAGGUGGAACAUUUUCACGACAGAGGGAGAAUCCUUUUAGUCGUGCCAGAAGGCCGGAAACAAGGCAGCGCGAUAUGAUCCAUUCAAGCAGUAGUUCUGAUUCUGAAGAAUUGUUUGAUACUCCAGAUGAUGAAUCUAGUAUAAGUGCUGGAGAACCAUCUAGUGGAACGGUUUUCAGAGCGUUUGACAUUCAUAGCAUCAAUGGUGAGUUGCCGGACUUAGAGUGUUCUGUGAGCAGUACUAAACCACACACGGUGAAUUUAUAUACGGAUGCUGAAGGGUUGCCAGCCCCUGUUGCUCAAAUAAUAAAUCGCAAUAGACGACCCGUAGCGAAUUCGCAAAUUUGUGAAAUUGGAUCUGUUGUACCAAUUGAAAAUGAAGCUACAAAUAUUACUGACACUGAUUAUGAAGAGACCGAUAUUCACGUAUAAAGUUCGAUUGCAUCUAUUCUUUUAUCACAUGUCUAUGUCUUGGAUAAAAUUGGUAUGUUCUUUUAAGGUGUUACAAAAUUUGAUAUAGAUCACUAAAAUAAUCGUAACUAUGAAAAAAUGGAAAAUUUUGAAUGCUUCAAGAACUUUACCUUUUAUUUAAAAGAACUGAAAUUAUCUCCACUUGUAACUCGGUCAACUAAAUGGUUUGCAUUAACGUGCAUGUUCUGUAAACUUAUUUCAUUUGUCUAACAUUCUCAUCGUUCAUCAACCAUUUUUUCUACAUCGUGUAUUUUAUAUCAAGGUAAGAGAAAAUUUCUUCUUCAAAACGAUCUGCCAUUGUUUUAAUAGUAAGAAUAAUUGUUACCCUAUUAACUUGUUUUAACUAAAACUCAUUUUAAAUAUAUGAAAAUAGUUUAAUAGCGUUAA